CAGAAUUAACAGGAGCAGCAUCAGUGGUUCCACAUCCACCUGAAUAACACCAGCCACAAUCAGGACCAAGGACAGCAGCCUGUGCAAAGCCUGGGGAAUCAUGACCAGAGAGGACCUCCCUGAUUCAACCCCAGAGGAGAGCAAACUCCCCAUGGAGUUCCAGAGUCCAUUACUGGAGAAAAGGAGGAGACCUGUGGUUCACCCUUCGGCACCUGCUCCUCUGCCUAAAGACUAUGCCUUUACCUUUUUUGACCCCAAUGACCCCGCUUGCCAAGAGAUUCUGUUAGAUCCACAGACCAGUGUACCUGAGCUUUUUGCCAUUAUACGACAGUGGGUUCCUCAGGUUCAACACAAAAUCGAUAUAAUUGGCAGUGAGAUCCUAAAGAGGGGCUGUCAUGUGAACGACAGGGAUGGGUUAACAGAUAUGACAUUAUUACAUUAUGCCUGCAAAGCUGGAGCACAUGGAGUGGGUGACCCUGCAGCUGCUGUCAGACUGACCAAUCAGCUUCUUCUGCUGGGUGCCGAUAUUACCUUGCGCAGUCGCUGGACCAAUAUGAAUGCUCUGCAUUACGCUGCUUAUUUUGAUGUUCCGGAACUUCUUCGCACACUCUUGAAAGCAUCAAAGCCCAAAGUGCUGAAUUCCACCUGUAGUGAUUUUAACCAUGGAACCGCGAUGCAUAUUGCUGCCUCCAAUCUCUGUCUGGGAGCUGUGAAGUGUCUGCUUGAACACGGGGCAAAUCCUUCUGCGAGAAAUAGCAAGAGCCAAGUACCAGCUGAUGUAGUUCCUGACCCUAUGGAUAUGGGCCUGGACAAGGCGGAUUCUGCUAUGAUUGCUAAGGAACUGAAGCAGCUGCUGUUGGAUGCAGUGCCCUUGACCUGUAACUUACCCAAGAUCACAUUACCCAACUAUGAUAACAUCCCGGGCAACUUAAUGUUGGCAUCCCUGGGGCUGAAAUUGGGUGACAGAAUACUGUUGGAUGCAGAAAAGGCAGGCACCCUUCGUUUCUGUGGAACCACCGAAUUUGCCAGUGGACAGUGGGUUGGAGUGGAGCUGGAUGAACCAGAUGGCAAAAAUGAUGGCAGUGUAGGGGGAAUCCGCUAUUUCAUUUGUCCCCCUAAACAGGGCAUUUUUGCUCCUGUGUCCAAGAUCAGCAAAGCCCCUGAUCAGCCACCAUCUUCAGUCACCUCCACUCCAAGGACCCCCCGCGUGGACUUUUCUCGAGUCACUGGGAAAGGGAGGAAGGAAAAGAAAGCCACACACAAGAAAUCACUGAGUGUGGGGAGCCUAGACAGAGAGGGCCUGAAGAUUGAAAUUGGAGACCAGGUGCUUGUAGCUGGCCAGAAACAGGGUAUUGUGCGAUUUUAUGGAAAAACAGAUUUUGCCCCAGGGUACUGGUUUGGCAUUGAAUUGGAGAAACCCACUGGAAAACAUGACGGCUCGGUUUUUGGUGUUCGCUACUUUACAUGCUCCGCAAAAAAUGGAGUAUUUGCUCCCCCAUCCCGGGUACAAAGGAUGGGUGGACCCAAAGACCCCCAGACAGACAACAAUGACAUGAAGAAGGUGCAUCAAGUUACCAUGACACAGCCAAAGCGUAACUUCACUAAAGUGCGGACUCCAAAAGAAAUUGCUUCAGAAAAUUCCAUGUCCAGGAUACUGUUCUGUUGCUGGUUUCCGUGGCUCCUCCGUGCUGAGAUGAAGUCUUAGAAAGCUGUGUUUCUUUGUCACCCAUGUGUUGGAUCACACAAUGAUUCGUCUUUCUUUCUAUGUAUGCUGUCCUCUGGACCCCCCUCCCAGUGCCUUCUCUACAUCAUUCACCGCUGAUUUCUACACCGACUGGAAGAAGGUGACAGGGGAGACUAUGACCCUGUGCAAGAUUGUGCCAGAACAGGUGUAAAUGGAUCUGAGCUCUCUCUGUUCCCAACUGAACAUUCCAGAUUGACUGAAUAAAUUGCCCUACCCCCAAUGCCAAAUAACUGGAGCUUCACUUGAAGUGAACCCUAACUCUCUACUAUAAUAUAAAGAAAUAUUGCGAAUAAUUGCUCUCAUUAGAUUUUCUGUAGUUGGCAAAGAAAAAGCUUUCGGCAUUGCAUGUGGGGUCUCUUUUUGCGGCCUGUAGUGUGGGAAAGGUUUUCUUCUGGUGAGCCGUCUUACAUUAUUAAAAUGUAACUUUUUAGAGUAAAUUCGGAGCCAUCUUGUUCUCAGAUGAAGGACAGUUCAUUAUAACACAGCGGUCCCCAACCUUUUAUGCCCCAGGGACUGAUGCAAAGCCAGAAUCUUUUGCAAUGACCGGGGGGCGUCAACUGUACGUGCCGCGACAAAUUCGCGUGCACUAGCUUCAAAUUUUGUGCGUGCCGCGUCAAAUUCAGGCUCGCCAGCAUCAAAUUUGGUCUCGGCGACCCCGUUCAGUAGUGGGCCGCGGCACGGUGGUUGAGUACCCCUGUUAUAAGAAAACAAUUCCAGCAAUUUAUUGGUCUGGCAUCCCUAAUUUGUUUUUUUUCCCACCAAAUCAAAGAUGGAUUUAUUUAAAGGGACACAGCUGAAAUUUCUACCAUUUCUGAAAUAUUUCUACCAUUGCUGAAAUAAAGUUCUGGGAUUUUUAUCACUUGUGAUGCCAUAAAAAUGAUAGUGUAUUUUUUUUUUUUGUCUGCUGACAGUGUCCAUCUUCUUUUAUGCAUUCGAUUUCUUGCCUGAAAGAUGUAGUUAUUUGGGUACAGGUAUGGGAUCUGUUCUACAGACUGCUUGGGAACUGGGGCUUUCCGGAUAACGGAUCUUUCCAUAAUUUAGAUCUUCAUACCUUAAGUCUACUAGAAAAUCAUGUAAACAUUAAAUAAACUUAACAGGCUGGUUUUGCUUUCAAUAAGAAUUAAUUAUAACUUUGUUGGGAUCAAGUACAAUGAAUUCUUUUAUUAUUACAGAGAAAAAGGCAAUCAUUUCUAAAAAAUGUGGAUAAAAUGGAGUCUAUGGAAGAGGCCUUUCUGUAAUUUGGAUCUUUCUGGAUAAUGGGUUUCCGGAUAACAGGUCCCAUACCUGUACAGGUAUUUUAUUAAAUAGGAAAAGACCAUUGCUCUGUAUAAUAUUCAUCAAAGUUGUAUUGACCUGGUUCAAUUUGGCAAGAUCUGCAUUAAAGGAAUUAGGUCAGUGCAUGGUUAUGGCUGCACCAGAACAGAAAAAAUUAAUAAAGAGACCAAGUGAAUCCAUCCAA